ACCAUCGCUGUGCCAGCCGUGCGAUUGCGAUUAUGAAACGAUAGCAGGCAGCAGCCAGCUAGGCCCGUGUCGUGUGUGGGUUAACUUUUUAAUAUUUCAUCGCAGCGAAUAACCCCGAAAUUUCGUAAUCAUCCAACGGGGAAUAAGAAAAUAAAAGAACAAAAUGCAAGCAAAUCUGUUGAAUCUUGUGACGAAUUCCGUCGUUAGGUCUGGUAGUGUGAAGAAUAUAGUUAGGUCCACGACUGCCGGGUUUUCGAUAACUCAAAGGAGAUACGCGAGUAGCAUAGACGCGGAUGUAGUAGUCAUAGGAGCUGGUCCUGGUGGAUACGUAGCAGCUAUAAAGGCUGCUCAGCUGGGCAUGAAAACAGUAUGCGUGGAGAAGAAUCCUACCCUGGGUGGAACGUGUCUUAACGUUGGCUGCAUUCCAUCCAAAUCUUUAUUAAAUAAUUCCCAUUACUAUCACAUGGCUCACAGCGGCGAUCUCAAAAAUCGAGGCAUUUUAGUGGAUAAUGUAAAACUCGAUCUGGAAAAACUGCUGGAGCAAAAAGAUAAUGUAGUAAAAGCUCUGACGGGUGGAAUAGCCGGACUUUUCAAAAAGAACAAGGUUGAAUGGGUCAAAGGUCACGGUAAAAUAACUGGAAAAAAUCAAGUGAGCGCUUUGGGGCCAAGCGGCAGUGUAGAAACAACAAUCAACGCUAAAAACAUUGUGAUUGCAACUGGCAGUGAGGUAACACCUUUUGCUGGUCUUGAGAUUGACGAAAAGCAAAUAGUCUCGUCGACAGGAGCACUCGCCCUCAAUCCUGUGCCCAAAAGACUCAUUGUAAUUGGAGCAGGUGUAAUCGGACUGGAGCUUGGAUCAGUUUGGCAAAGGCUUGGUUCCGAAGUCACAGCUGUAGAGUUUAUGUCGUCGAUAGGAGGUGCCGGAAUCGAUGGCGAAGUGAGCAAAACCCUGCAGAAGGUACUGAACAAACAGGGCAUCAAUUUCAAGCUGGGUAACAAAGUAACCGGUGCAACGAGGAGCGGUUCUGAAAUUCAAGUUUCGAUCGAGGAUGCGAAAGAUCCGAGCAAAAAAGAGACCCUCGGAUGCGAUGUGCUUCUGGUCUGUGUCGGACGAAGGCCGUACACGAAUAAUCUAGGACUCGAGGAGAUGGGAAUCGAACGUGACGAGAAAGGGAGGGUUCCGGUUAACAACAGAUUCCAGACCGUAGUACCUAACAUCUACGCGAUCGGAGAUUGUAUCCACGGUCCUAUGUUGGCCCACAAAGCGGAAGACGAGGGAAUCAUAACGGUCGAGGGUAUCGCCGGUGGAGCAGUCCACAUCGAUUACAACUGCGUACCGAGUGUGGUUUACACCCAUCCGGAAGUUGGAUGGGUUGGCAAGACCGAGGAGGACCUCAAGAAGGAGGGCAUCGACUUCAAAGUCGGUAAAUUUCCGUUUAUGGCGAAUUCUCGAGCGAAAACCAAUCUCGAGACUGACGGUUUCGUCAAAGUACUUGCCGACUCUGCAACCGACAAGAUUUUGGGUGUUCACAUGAUCGGACCAGCCGCAGGUGAGCUCAUCAACGAGGCCGUACUCGCGAUGGAGUACGGAGCGAGCGCCGAAGACGUCGCCCGAGUCUGUCAUGCUCAUCCCACGUGUUCCGAAGCUCUGAGGGAAGCUCACCUCGCUGCCUCCUUCGGCAAGCCCAUUAAUUUCUAAGCGACACUCGACACUCGACCUCCGCUGUUGAGCAACAGAAAAGAACAAAAGAAAAACGUCUUAGCUUCAAUCACCUAGUCUACGAAUUUGAUCGCCAAUAGUCGCACCGAAAUGAAAAUCCCUGGCGCGAGAAACGAGGGUUGUAAAUAAAAGUCGGUCCGAGAUUGAAAGUCCACGAUGUCGUGCGAACGAGGCCAAUAAAUGUCGUGCUGGCUCUGAAAAAUCUGUAUUUAUAACUAAAAUAAAUAUUAAAAUGCUCCGGAA